AUGUCAGACUUGAAGAGGGUUAUUAUUGAUACAGGAAUAGUUACAUUAUAUAAUCAGGAGUUUAAAUUCUGUACAAAUCUUCAAGAAAUCAAUUUCCCAGAAACUUUGGAAGUAAUCGAAGCAGAGGCCCUGUUUUAUACUGGUAUAAUUUCAGUUCAUAUACCAGAUAAUGUUGUUGAGAUCCAAAAGGGUGCAUUUCAGCGGUGUACAGCUAUAAAAGAAAUUACAUUUGGAAGCAAAUUCACUUCUUUACCAGAAUCGUGCUUUGAAGAUUCUUUUAAUUACACAGUUGUCAAUCUUCCUUCACAAAUUACAAAAAUUGGAAUGAAUUGUUUUAGAAAUGCAAGAAUAAUUUCUCUCACUCUUCCAGCAUCUCUUCAAACAAUUGAAGCCAAUGCAUUUUAUAAUUGCAAAUAUUGCAAUUCAUCAUUAAACUUUCCUGUGAAUCUAUCUGAGAUCGGGGAUUUCGCAUUCUUUAAUUGUAAAUUGGUUGAAGAAAUUUCAUUUCCACAUAAUUCUACAAUCAGAGGUGAUCAAUGCUUUGCGAAUAUGUCAAACGUAAAGAAAGUUACAUUUCCAUCAGGAUAUCAGAUCAUUUACAGCCAAGAGUUUGCAUACUGUACUAAUCUGAGGCAAAUAAUUUUCCCAGAAACUCUUCAAAUUAUUGAAAAUCGUGCAUUUUUGAAUUGCGGUUUAGAAUCAGUUCAUAUCCCAAUUAACUGCACUACUAUUGAAUAUUCAGCAUUCAAAGACUGCUAUUUAUUGAGAGAAAUUGUAUUAAAUGAUAAUAUCACAGUACUUCCGAAUUUUUGUUUUGAGAACACGGUCAGUCUUAAAUCGAUUAAUUUACCAAAUAAUUUGAAAACAAUUGAAUUUGGAUGUUUUCGAAAUAGUUCAUUAGAAACAGUUAACAUUCCAGCUUCAGUGCUUUCAAUUGGAGAUUAUGCCUUUUACAAUUGUUCAUAUUUGAAAUCUUAUAAUUUUACCGACAAACAAUAUACAUUUGGUAAAUAUUCAUUAGGUGGUAUCAAUUUAAUUGAAGAGCUUUCAAUUCCACUUAUUUGGAAAUCUAAUAGAGGUUUUCAUUUAUAUGAUGGAAUGAUCAAUCUAAAGAAAGUAUCUUUUGAAGAAGGAAUCAAUACAAUUUUUGAAGGUGAAUAUGCAAAUUGUAUUAAUCUUAAGGAGAUUCAUCUUCCAACAACUCUCAGUUCUAUUAAUAAAGAUGCAUUUGAAAACACAAGAUUUGUUCAAUUUAUUUUACCAGAUAGUGUUACAAAUCUUGGUGAAGGAGUAUUCAAAAAUUGCAUAUCAUUGAAAGAUUUUACUUUCAAUAAAAACAGGUACAUACCUAUAUCAUUUUUCCAGAAUUCUUUCAAUUUUAGUGUUUUUACGAUUCCUCAAACUGUUGUUGAUAUAAGAGAUAAUUGUUUCGAAAAUUGUAAAUUAAUAUCAAUUCAGUUGCCUGAGUCAAUUCGUAGUAUUAGAGCUUACGCAUUUUAUAAAUGUUACACUCAAAAUGAGAUUCGGCUUCCUGAAACUACAAUUUAUUUGAUGGACAAUUGCUUUGGAUCAUGCCAUUUAUCAAGAAUCUUUACAUUAACAACACAAAUAGUUGUGAGAGGUGUUUAUUGUUUUGAAAACUGCAAGGACAUCGAGAAAUUAAUUAUAGCAAAUGAUAUUAAAAAAAUUAACACAGGAACUUUUUCAAAUUGUCAAAAUCUUAAAGAGAUUGAAUUUCCAAACACACUUCAAACAAUUGGUGAAAGAGCUUUUUAUAAUACAAAAAUAAGUUCUAUUGAAUUACCUGAAAGUGUUUUUGAAAUUGGUUUUGGAACAUUUGCGAAUUGCUAUUACUUGAAGCAUUUUAAAUUUGGAAGUAAUCAUAACGAAACAGGAGGUUAUUGCUUUGAAAAUAGUUUAAUUGACUUUGACUUGAAGAUCCCAAAGAAAGUUUCAGUAAUAAGGAAUUAUUGUUUCAAAAAUUGCACUUUCAGAUCGAUUGAAAUUCCUGAAUCUGUUACUUUAAUUGACACCGGAGCUUUUGAAAAUUGCACUAUACCUAAUCGAAUAAUUAUACAUUCGAAUAUAUAUAAAGUUGGACAGUAUGCAUUUAAAAAUUGCCGCAACUUAACAACGCUAAAAAUUAAUGCCUCAUGCAAUUUGGAAUAUGAAGCAUUCUUUAACAAUCAAGAUUUGGUUGAAAUACAUCUUCCAGCAAAAGUUAAAAUCUCGUAUGACUGUUUUAAUAAUUGUACAAAACUACAAAAUAUUACUAUGGAUGAACAAAAUGAGUUUAUUUUUAAUACAUUCAGUGGUGGAGCAUUUAAUAAUUGCAUCAAUUUACGUUGUAUUCGAUUUCCAAAUUGCUGCCAGUUAUAUUCGGAAAGUUUUUCUAGAUGUUCUAAUUUGGUGUCUAUUUAUUUAGGGCAUUUUUGUAGAGUUGAUUAUGAAGCAUUUAAAUAUUGCAAUAAUAUCAAGUAUAUUAUUACUGAUUAUCAUGAUACAUUGUAUUAUUUUAAUACCAUUAACAAUUUUGCUGGUAAAUAUAUUAUCAAUAAUGUGACAGGUACUAAUUAUACUAAGUUAUUCCAAGCCUUACGGUAUUCCAUUCCAAAAGCUUACGUCAGUGGAUUAAAUCAUAAAAUAUAUGAUUCUUAUUCAGGAAUUACUUUACUUCCAGUUCCAGUGAUUUUCAAACAAGAUUAUUGUAUUGCAAUUGAAAUGACUUUAUUAUAUGAACGAGAUUUCUCUCAUUAUCAUUUUGAGCUUUUAUAUCUUUUAGCUCAGACUUAA